GUAUUUCUGCUAAAAAAAGACUAUUGCACUUCAUAUUUUCUUUUCUGUUCGACUCCAGAAAAAUCAUCACAGUGAUCUUGAUUAAACAAGAAUAAGAGGAAGUAUUUAAGGGAAUCUCUGUGCUGAGCUGAUCUGUUGCCCAACAAACUUCGUGACACCAUUCAUCUUAAAAUGGCAGAUAUGAAGAGUGACCCGAGAGACUGUGCAAUCUGCUUCCAAAGAUUCAACUACGAUGAUCGACAGCCACGAAUGUUCAUCUCUUGUGGCCACUCUGCCUGCUCCUCCUGUAUCAACCAAAUGAUCAUCAACGGCAAAAUUCGUUGUCCAUACUGCCGUGCAAAAUGUGACAUCACAAAUGUCCGACAAUUGCCUGUUAAUUUUGGAAUGCUGCAACUUGUAGAUUGUCCUCAGUCAUCUGAGGGCUCACCAGCAUCUAUUAAUAUACCAUGGGUACUUUCACCCAAAAUUAAUGCAGGACUUUGUGAAGAGCAUGGUCAGUACAAGUUAUUUGAGUGCACCACUUGUGACCAGUAUAUAUGUCACGUGUGUACCGUCGUUGAGCACAAGAAAUCAUGUAAAAUUAUUUGUAUAAAGAAAGCAAUAGAAAUAAUGAAAGACUCAAAGGUGAAAGAAUUCAAUUCUGUGCUUACCAGUUAUAAGGAAAUGACACAACAUCUAGAAAACUAUAAAGAACUCUUAGAUAAGCAGAUCUCUGGCCAUUUGAAUCACAUAAUUAAGCUAGAGAAGAUUGUGGAGGACCACAGUGAUCUUGUUAAGAAAUUGCAGAAUGAGUGUACUAAAGUUAAGGAAGCUCUAGAAGAGAGUGGCGAAAUGCAGAGUUUGCUCAAGACCUCCAAGGAUGCUGUUACUGCCUUAUGUGGAUUUCAUGAAGUUAAAGAUUCCAUCAUUAAAGAAGAUAGUCAUCUUAAAAGUGCCCAAGCAUCAAGACUCAAAUGUAUUGAGGAAUUCCGAAACCGGGACAUUUUCUCAUCAUCUCUCAAGGUCAGUGCUUCAACCAUGAAAUAUUCCGUUUAUCAGCCUAAGGAAUCUGAUUCUUUCUUUAGACUUCUGAGGUAUUUUGUAAGAACUCAUUAGGCUCAAGCUCAGUUUACACAUCCCUAAAGUUUCUAAAACCAAGAGUGGUUCACUUAGCCCUGCAACAUUUAAAGCAAUUCACAUGCAGUUUUAUAACAUAUGAAAACACUCCUUUCACUCUCAUAUUCAUUUAUUGCUCAACCAUACACUAAUUUGCCUGUCACUUCAACUCGCCAACUUAUAAUAAGUUAAAUAGUAAAAAAGUCUACUUACUUUUUUUCCACAGUUGACAUGCAUUUGAAAUUAUGACCUGAAAUGCUUUGAAAUUUCAGA